AUGUCUUCCAGCGCCCCGAGAUCCAGCAACGCAACGGAGUCCACUAAGCUGCUCACCAUCACCACCCCAUGGAUAGAGCCGUCGGAUUGCUCGACGCAGUGGACGACGUCGACCUCUUUCCAGGAAAAGUACGGGGGUACCACCGUCACGCAAGCCUGGACCAUCUCUAAUCCUGCCGCAUCCUGCUAUCCUCCCGGGUGGGACGAUGAAGUUCCUGAGAGACGUCUCAACUUCAGACCGGGAGUGUGUCCAGAGGGAUGGAACUACCAAGGCCUAGGGGAGCAAAUAUCGCUAGUAGCAUCGACGGCAUACUGCUGUCAGAGCGGCUUCACCCACUCGCGAGAGCGGACAGACGGCGGUAGCUCAUCGCUGGCUGCCGUGUGUGAAAGAAGUGGCUGGGCGACCGCAGCCGCCUCCGGGACGUCGGGCGAGAACCAAAUACACACCGCCGAGAGGCACAGCGCCUGGGCCUUGACAUGGGCCGCGUCCGACACGGCGACGCUGACGCCGAAGCUGCCCACACUGACCAGCGGCAUGAGGGUGCCGACGUGGACGCCCGGCGAAAAAAUUCCCAAAGGCGAGUACGACCAAUUCAGGAAUGAUAACUUGCCAUACAUUGGUGAUGGUGCGUAUUACUUCUUGAUGAUCGGGAUGCCUAUUAUUGGUGCUCUCAUGAUCGGCUCGUGCAUGUGGUGCUGUAUACAGAAGUGCAAGAAGAACAGGAGGGAGAAGAGGGCUAGGAUGGCGGCCACCGAGGUGAAUCUGACUAGCAUAUCAAAAUGA